UAGUAUUCGUUGCACCUCUAUUUUCUUCGGUUAUAUUUGGCUAUAUAUAUAUAUGUGUGUGUACGAUCGCAUCACCGAGCUGUGCUAGUCGAUCAAUCAAUUGUGCUUCCCCAAUAACCUCACCCACCUUCCGACCCUCAUCGCUCGCCGAUGAGCUUCCGUCAAGCCCUCAGACCCUUCCGUCGCACCAUGUCCGGUGAAAAGAUCUACGAAGGCGUAUUCGCCGUCCACAAACCCCAAGGCGUCUCCUCCGCCGACGUCGUCCGUACCCUCCAAACGCACUUCAACCCCUCCAAGCUCUUCGCCCCCUGGCUCGCCGACGAGCGCGCCCGUCGCGCCCGCGAAAGCAAUUUCCAGCGCAAGCGCCGCCGCACGCAGCGUCUCGACGUCAAGAUCGGCCACGGAGGCACCCUCGACCCCCUGGCGACCGGCGUUCUCGUCGCGGGCGUCGGCAAGGGCACGAAACAUCUGAACGAGUUCUUGGGAUGCACGAAGCAAUAUGAGACCGUUGUGCUGUUCGGCGCCGAGACAGAUACCUAUGAUCGACUGGGAAAGGUGGUGCGCAAGGCGCCCUACGAGCAUGUGACGAGGGAGAUGGUCGAGAAGGCAUUGGAGCAGUUCCGCGGGAAGAUCAUGCAACGGCCGCCGAUUUUCUCGGCGCUCAGGGUCAAUGGAAAAAAGCUUUAUGAGUAUGCGCGCGAAGGCAAGGAGCCGCCGAUUGAGAUCCAGAAGAGGCCGGUUGAGGUCACGGAUUUGAGGAUCCUGGAGUGGUAUGAGCCUGGGACUCAUGAGUUUAAGUGGCCGGAGGUUGAGGCUGAGGGCGAGGAGAAGGCUGUCGCGGAAAAAUUGUUGGCGAAGGAGGACGAGUUGCCCGCUGUGGAGAAGGAGGGUGAGGGAGAAGGAGAGGCCUCUGCGAAGAGAAAGUCCCCGCCUGCGGAGGAUGCUCAGGAGAAGGUUGAAGGUGACGAUGCUGAGUCUGCUCCCUCGGCUAAGAAGCAGAAGGUUGCUGAGGGUGAGGCUGCGCCUGUUGAGCCGGCCGAGCAGGAGUCUUCGGAGGCUACCAAGGAGGAAGCUAAGGAGGGAGCCUCCGAGUCCAAGCCCCAGUCGCAGCCUCAGCCGGCUGCGGUGAAGAUCACCAUGACGGUGUCGUCUGGUUUCUAUGUGCGCUCGUUGGCGCACGAUCUGGGCAAGGCGGUCGGAAGCUGCGGUCUGAUGAGCUCGCUCAUCCGGUCCCGUCAGGCCCAGUUCGAGCUUCACCCGGACAAGGUGCUCGAGUACAAGGACCUCGAGGCCGGCGAGGAGGUCUGGGGUCCCAAGGUUCAAAAAUUCCUUGAGGACUGGGAGGAGAAGCGACUGGCUCGGCCGUCGUCCCCGCGUUCCCCGAAACAGAAUUAGUCUGUAGCUACUAGGCCGGCGUUGGGAGAUGUAAUAAAUGUUCGCAUGUAUUCUUGGAUGUUGAAGGAUGAGUAGAUGUUUGCCAACAUGUCGGGAAUAGUCUUCCAACUUUGCUCAAGCAGGAGCUAGCCAGUCAACCAACAGUCUAAGGCUACAAUCCAAGA